AUGAUCCGACAAGAUCCAAAAUCCGCCCCAAAACAACUCUCAGCCCGUAUAUUGAUUUCCCUUCCUCCUUCCUACGUGUCAUUCGACGUGUCUGAUUACAUGGCACCUUCGUGGCCCUUGAUACAUCCACCUUUGAGUCAAAGCCCUGUCCUCUGUUUCUCCUGUAACCACGAGGAUUAUUUGAAGAUAUCUUUCAAAACGUUCAUCACUUGGAGACAACGUUAUGUGCCACUUUUCAAACAAGAAGCAAUUUGUGUUAAUUUCUCAAACCAACGCCUUGUUCACCGACAGUCUGUUUGA